AUGGGAAAACGAAACAACAAGAAUGGCAGCCGGAAAAAGUCUGGCAAUGCUACUACCAAAUACAAUUCAAAAUCAGCUCGCACCCAAGACAUACCGGUCAAGGAGUCACCUGCCAAGGAGACAACAGCAGAGAGUACAACUGCUGAUGAGACACCUCUCUUGGAUAACCCAAUGGAAUUGAUCCAGAAACUACAAUCUUGUUUUCAGAGCCAAGAAACGGAUUCGAAUGCAUCGCGAAGUGAAACGCGACGUCUAGAGGAUAAACUCAAGGAUACACAGGAUAUGCUCAAAAAUUCCCAUGAAAAAUCACAAGCCGAAAACUCUGCAUUAAAUCUUGUCAUCAAAAAUCUCGAGUCAAAUUUGAAGAACACACAAGAAGAAUUACAGAACAGAAAAGAAGCUUAUGCAGGACUUGCGGAGGGAUAUGGAGAUGACGUCGUAAAGUUUGAGGGUAGGAUUAGAGUCUCAAAGAUAGAGAAGGAGAAGCUACAAGCAACAGUGAAGGAGCUCAAGUCUAUCAUACAAGCUGGAUGUAUCACUACAGAAAUAUUGAAACAAAAUUUCGUCAAGGAACGAUUGUUCCAUCUAAGCGAGGUGGAACGUCUAAAAGCAACGAUACUCGAACUGCAGCGAAAAAAUAUGUCUAAAGGUAUUGAAGCGAAACCAGGGCCUUCAAACGUGGACAAAUGUCUUACUAGUGGCCCUGCAGAAGAAGCGAAUGCCGAUUAUGAGAACUGUGCAUUAAAAUCAGCUCGGAUAAAAGAUUUGAAAAUAAAUCUAGCCAAUCUAUCCCGGUCACUUACCCAAAGCGAUGUCGGCAUUCUGUCUGGGUUUUCCCUGAAAACACAAAAGGAAGAGAUGACGACAGCUGGGGUAGUGCUCACUCAAAUGCAGGCAGAAAAGAAAAUGGAUUGGCAAAAUUCUUUGGCCGAGAUGGUGCAAGCCAGGAUAUUAAGUCAAAAGACUGGUCCCUCGUACUACAGAGCUCUUGUCAGAAAGUGGCAGGCUUCGUAUUCAUACCUGGAAAACCUCGAAAUCUCGCAAGCGCUUUUCUGCGAGUCUGGCCAUCAACGUAAAAUGAGCUGUAAGGUGAACGAAGAGAUUACAAGUCUCAGAACUGAAUUAUUGGCACAGAAAGUAGAAACGAUAAACUGCCAGGAAAAGUUGAUAGCGUCUCAUAGCAAGGAAAUAAGUGGCAUGAAAGAACAAGCGAAAAUAAAUCGCACGGAAGAAAGAAUCAAGCAAGAAAAGCUUAAAGACGCCCACCAGAAAGCUAUUGACUCCUUAAUGCGAGUUAUAAAGCUCAAAUCACGAAACUCGAGACUGAUAUCGAAGCUCUGA